UCAGCAGGGACGCCCCUUCCAGUACAAGUAGUAUAGAGUUCAGUGGCUUCAAUGAACCUCUGCAGCCUUCGCGCGGAAUUGUGACGUUAUCGACCAUCGCCUGCGUCCCUCAAAGGAUGCGGAGCCAUUGCAGGGCAAACAAUAACGGCAAAUGAGGUCUAUACAUUGUGGUUUUUUUUUUGCUUGCUGCGUCUAUACGUCUAGCAGCAGAUGGUUGAAACAGUAGAGAGGCAAUUUUACGAUGUUUGGUUCUUGUACUUUGACGUUAAUCCCAAAUUGGUGAAAGAGCAAAACCUUAGGUUGGCUCCGCAUCGCUGAGCAGAUAGCUGGUGUCAUUUUGACUGGAAAAAAAAUGUGUAAAAUCCAAAUGUUGAGAGCGUUGCUGAAGCAGCGACUAAAUGCUGUUGUGGAAGAGAUAUUUGGACUGUUUGAAAGAACCAUAGCAGAGUACGAGGAGGAACUUUCUAGAACAAAAGGACUACUGUGCGCUGCUGGCAAACCUCGGGAUACGGCUCACAAAGCAGACAUUCAACAAGUGUCACUGCAGAAUCAAAAAGAGGUUCCCUGUGAGCAGCAGGAGUGGAGCUCAAGGUUGGGGCAGGAGGAGCCAGAGUCCCCCCACAUUAAAGAGGAAGACGAUGAGGUAUGGACUGGUCAUGAUGCGGUGCAGCUUCAAGGGCUGGAGGAGGCUAGCAUCACCAAGUUCACAUAUACUGGCAUCUCUGUGAAGAGUGAAGAUGAAGCUCCGUCAUCACAGCUGCAUCGCAGUCAGCGUGAGAGGAACAGAGGGGCGGGGCCACUAACUCAACAUAUGACAACAGGAGAUGAUGAGGAGCACUGUGGAGGACCACGGGCAAACAGAAACUUGGCUCCACUUUGUCAUUCAUAUCCAGAUAUGGAUAACAUGAUGUCACACUCGUCUGCGAUGGAUCACAGUGGCGAGGACAAAGAACCUUUGGAGAAUAAUAAGGAUUCUAAAGGUGAUAUGAGACCUCACAGUGACAACAAACAGUUUGACUGCUCUGAAUGUGGGAAAACAUUUGGCUGGAAGCAAUGUUUGAACAGACACAUGAGCAUACACACUGGAGAGAAACCUUUUGCUUGUGCAUUUUGCACUAAAACAUUCUCCUUAAAGUCUCAUAUGAAAAGACACAUGAGGGUACACACAGGGGAGAACCCCUUUUCCUGUUCAUAUUGUGAUAAAAAAUUCAGAGAUAAGUACGAAAUGAUAGUACACGUAAGAACGCACACCGGUGAGAAGCCUUUCCCUUGCUCGGUUUGUAGUAAAAGUUUUUCCAGAAAGCGUGAAAUGAUGACACACAUGAGAUCACAUAUGGAGGAGGAACAAUUUCCUUGCUCACUUUGUCCCAAACGAUUCACAAGAAAAAGGUAUGUCGAGAUACACAUGAGAACGCACACUGGGGAGAAACCGUUCGGCUGCAAUGUGUGUGAUAAAAGAUUCACUUACAAGUAUCAGGUUGACAAACACAAGUGUGUCACAUCGAUGGACGCUGAAGGGACGUCAGUACUAUGUGAAGAGAGUGAGACAUUUUCACUUUCUAACAGCAUUCAAAGUGUUUCAUUAGUUUAGGUGAGAAAGUCAAAUUUGAUUGUUCUGAAUGUACGUUACAUUCCCAGCAUGUUAGGAGCAUGUUUAUUUUAUCUUAUGUUUUUCACAAAUAGCUAACCAUACUUGUGUAUUGGACGAUCCAGUGACUGCUGUCAAACAACUUAUUAUCCAUCCAUUUUCUAUACCGCUUCUCCUCUUUAAGGUCGCGGGGGAGCCUAUCCCAGCUGACUUCAGGCGACAGGCGGGGUACACCCUGGACUGGUCGCCAGCCAAUCACAGGGCACAUAUAGACAAACAACCAUUCACACCCACCCCAAAAUUGGAUUUAAUUAACAUGACAGGUGCAAGUUCCAUUUUUAUGUCAAAUGAUUUCAGGCACCACACUAAAUGCAAAUUAGAAACGUAAGAAUGGGAAUUCUGGUGGAAAGAUCACUUAAGAAUGCCGCUAAUUAGCACUAAUUAAGGUUUUAAUUAACAUGAAAGGUGCAUGUACAAAACCAACUCAGGAAUGUAGAGGGCAGCUGUCUGAUUUAGAAUCACUAACAUAUAUAUUGUGGUGGUCAGAUCACUCAAGAAGAGGUCAAAGGUCACUAAUUAAAACCGAAACUAAUUCAAAUGGCUGUGUCUCUCGACCUGCAUUACACAGCAAGUUGUAAUUGGUGUCAAAAUGAAGAGGGUGUGAAGAUGCACCACUGGGGUAGCAAAGGUUUCAAAAUUGGUAUGUCUAACUAGGUCAAAUUUGGGAAAAUCUGAUUAAAAAAAUGUACCAAAUCAGCUUUGGAGCUGAGAAAGGCAAUAAAAGAUGUGAGGAGAGAUCGUCUUGUAGAUCCCCCAACACUGCAAAAUCUGCGUGCUGGAGAGGCAUCUCCACCUGAGGUCCUUCUUGAAUUCUAUAGAGUUCUCUAUGGUGGCCCCAAUACCAAAUUGUACAGCCCCAAGGUGGAGAGGCGUGCAUCCUCAUCUAGUCAUGAUGCCCUGUACGUCGUCCAAAAUGGACACGUAAAACCAGGAAAACAAAUUAUUCUGGGUAUGGCUAUCAAAUCGAUGACUGGAAGCAAAAAGAUUGUACAGCUGUUGAACAGGUUUGGACAUAUCAUAGAUUACAGCACAAUAGAAGAGCUUGAAACAUCAUUGGGUGAGGCCAUACAGAAUAAGCAACAGGCUUGUCCGGAAGGAACUGUUGAAGGGAUGGUCAUGGGUUUGGCCUUUGACAAUUUCGAUGAAAUGGCGGAGACAUUGUCCGGAGCGGACAUGCUCCAUGACACAAUGGGUAUUUUGUACCAAAAUAAAGUGGAUCCAAGCUGCAGACGCAUCAGGUGAGACUGUUCCACAGCAGCACACAUCGAAUAAAAGGUCACGGAAACGGAAGCUAGAGGUCCAUGAGCACCCCUUAGAACCCUACAGGAAGAAGCCACGUAUGAGCACGUUCCGACUAUGCCAUAAAGACGGUGGAUGGCAGUCGUCCUGACGACAGACCCCAAGCCAGAAACAAGGAUUUGGUGUGGAUGAUGUGUCAUGCGUUGGGGAUGUCCAACAUACCGAUGUGGGUCGGAUUUAAUUCCCUGAUAGAACCCGACAAUUCAGUUGAACAGGUUGUUCUAUACAUGAAGAACUUGAAACAACCUAUCACAAACCUGGAUGUCGUACAAGAAACGCUCAUCACAACACAAAAAUGUGCCCGUGAGUGUGGACAACAGUAUGGGGUGGUAUCAUAUGACCUAAAUGCAGACAAGCCAGCCAUGCAGAUCCAGGUAACAGAGUCUCCAAGGUUUGUGUUUGUCAUGUUGGGCCCGUUUCAUGUCGAAAUGGCUUUUUUUAAAGCCAUUGGAAAGGUGAUUGAUGAGUUGACCUCUUCUUGAGUGAUCUUACCACAAUAUUCAUUCUUAUGUUAGUGAUUCUAAAUCAGACAGCUGCCCUCUACAUUCCUGAGUUGGUUUUGUACAUGCACCUUUUAUGUUAAUUGACACAGAAAUGCCCAAGGGCGAAUCGAAACCAGGUCUUCCCGAUCUCCUGACUGUUACUGUGUUGGCCAACAUGCUAACCACUAGACCAGCGUGCGGCCCACAAUUUAUUAUAUGUUGCCAAAAAGACACUAUCCACUGCAGUCAAUCGAUCACUAAAAAGAAGUUAUUAGGACUCAGGCUUGUCAAGUUCGACGUUUGGGAACUUUCAGUACCACUUGAUGUCGGUGACUGUAUGUGUUUGAGCCUGUGUGUUCAAUUUUAACCCAAUUAGAUAAAUUAUCAAAUUUACUGUACAGACAAAACCCUAAAUAAAUUCAAACUUGUGUGCCCAAUUGUUGAUUGGUCAAUCACUGUAUAGUCGUCAGUCAACUGUAUAUACUGUAGGAACCAGGGCUGUUUGUGGAUACAGAUAUAUAACAGUGUGUGACUGAGGAGUGAAUGAAUAUUGGGUUCACUUCAUUGUGAAGCACUUUGGGUGCCUUGAAAGUGCUAUAUAAAAUCAAAUCUUUUAUUAUUGACGGAGUUACAGUACAUUUACACAGUUUCACUGAGAUCUGCAGUCAAUGUAACCUACAAUUUAAACAGAUUCAUAAUCACUGUGCGACUACGUUUUUGGAGGUGUUAAUUGUGUUGAUUAAUGUGGAUGUGUACUACAUUACCCAGAAGGAUUAGCGCUGGAGAGGAAACUGGAAGUAUACACGCUGUUGAAGCGACGAGUGAGUGGAGUCAAACACCAAUGCACACGUACAUGACCUUACUGAUAGACCUGAUGCAUAUAUUAUCCGAUUGGUCUUGGUGGUGUUCUGAAUAGGGAUGUUCUUAUGUUGGGCUGUUCUGUCCGUGGGUCUUUGUCUUUGUACUCAUUCUCUUUGUUUGGGGGUGAGCAUGAAACUAACCCUCGCAUUUACCUGUUGUCCUGGCUGUCCCUCGCUGUAGCAUCUUUGUUCUGCAAAUGAUCAAUGAUCAAACGAUCUCUAACUUUGAUAACUUAUUGCAGAUAUUUAGUUUUAUUUUGUACUUUAAUGACAAGACUAGAAAAUCCCGACAUGAUUAAUGAAGUUGAAAUCCAGCUUCGUAGUACCGCUUAUCCCACAUCUUUGUUGUUAGCGUUGGUCAAGCCGGACAAGAAAGAAGAGGUCCUGGAUAAGUUAAGCUUGCUUCAUAGUACAGGCCUUAGCCUCUCUUCAUCAUGUAAAAAUAGCACAUGGAAACACGUUGGGAGGGAGAGAGUCCUGCAAUCUACCCAGCAUGCCUUGCAACAGGAAGACAUGGGUGUAAUCUUGACAUGUGUGUUAUGCAAAGAUGUUUAUUUGUAUGCCCACAUGAUGCAGUGGGUAAGUUAAGUUGUGUGUCACGUGUGUGUUGACUUGUGUUUUCUUCUCAUCACAAAAUGCUGUUAGCUAUGUAUUAACUGCUUUUUUAAUUACACAUUGGCCAGAGAUGUGAUGUCAUGAACAUGUGAAAGCUGUGCGACAAUUGUUUUCCACUUUGAGUCCACAGGUGUACCUGUCUGAUCGCGCCUAGAGGCAGUGAAGCGUAGUCCUUUUUUUUUUUUAUAUAAGUGAGGACCAAGACACUUGCUUUGCAUUGCUUUAUUUUUUAUUGGCAUUCCAAGCAUGUUUUUGGUUGACAACUUGUUUGGUUGCGAAGAAGGCAAGAGGCUUCAAGAAAAACAGUUGCAACAUUUUUGCAGGCACAAAACAGCACUGAAGAAUGACAUUAUUUCUGCUCAAUUUGCAUUUGCAAAAAAAUUACAGCAAUGAAUGCUGCUGCCCCUCUUCAGCUUCAAAGUACACUUUUUUCAACCAAAAAAUAUCAGAACACCACCUCUGGUUAGGAUACCAAUAGUAGUUUAAAAAAACAAAAUUAAAAGUUACACUUCAUAAAAAUUUUGUUUCGUUUCAAAUAAGAGGAUUACCAUGCACGGAUUUCGCUUACUGCCGUCUGGUAUUCACAGCGCGUGCACAUGUACAACUACAGUGAUAGGCUAUACAUUCAAUAAUUGCUAGCUUUAGUAGCAAAAUUUUGGUAAAUAGCUAGUUAGCUGCAGUGGCAAACAGUGCAUUUGGUACAUGAGCCUUCAGUGAGGACUUAACCGGACAGAAUAUUUUUUCGCCUGAUACUGUGAGAGCCAGUAUAACAAAACAAAAAAAUUAUACGAAUUCUUCAGUGGGCUUCGCCGGCCAGGAGUAUCAUUAUCAUCAUCAGCAUGACGCCAUGCAGGCACUUAGAGAUUAUGGAACUCCAACAAAAUUAGUAACUGAUCAGAUUACCGUGAUACCUAUACUGUAUCAAUAAUAAUAUACUGUUGCUGCUAUUUAUGACUAAUUUAUGGUAGAUCAGUGCUUGUAAAGUUCAUGCUCAGCCAAAUGUGAUGAGUGUAAAUAGAACAGCUCAUUGAUUAAGGGUUCAGACAACUCCAAACCCUACACUUCAUCAUCAUUACAUAACAUGAGGUAAGAUGACAUGACAAAUAUAUGUAACUUUUUAAGUCAAAUACAUCUACUCACCAAAGAUGUCAAUAUCUCUUCCUCAGUCAGGGAUUGUGGGUAUAACUUGGCUUGUCAAUCAGUUUUAUUCUGAUCAGCCAAUCAGAGGACGGAACAAUGCUGACGGUACUGUGGGCCAGCUAGCUGGCCCCGAGAGGCAAAUCUGAAAUCUGACUGGUUAAAAAAAACAGCCCCCUUGCUAGUAGUGUGUAUGUGACAUGGGGCAGCACUACUGCUUCUGAAGACCCAGGUCAGAUUAGAAUAACAUAGUAACACAGAGAAGAUGAAACCUGGCUGGACAAAAACAGCCGAACAUACAAAUACAUUACUGGAAGCAGUGCAUCCAAGAGUCACACUACUAAAUGAAAGUAAUUCAAAGGUGCAAUAAAUUAAUACAAUUUUAUGCAACAAAUAUUACAAAAUUAAGCUGUAAAUGUAGGUCAAUGCAUCUGAUAGUGUUUAGGCCAGCAGAAAAAGCCUUGCUGGCCCUGACUGUCCACCACUGGUUGGCUGACAACAAACAUAACUAAUGUGCGUGAGUAUGUGUUGCAAGGGGCAUGGCCUGCAACUUCGGAGCAGAAAGUGGUUGAAGUAUACAGUUUGAGGGCCAGCACCCCCAUGAAUUACCCAUGAAAUACCUAAGUUUGCUGGAGACAGCAACUUUAAUUUGUCAAACUGUCAUGUUACAAAGUCACAUUCUGACAUUUAAAUCCCAGCAACUUCAUUUAGUGUGUCACCAGGACUCGUGUGUUUCUUAACCUGGUUCUUUUUAGCGUGUACGCUCAUGUGGCUGAUCAUUUCGUACUUACAUUUGAAACUUUCAGUGCAAACUGAGCAGGGAAAAGGUUUCUUCCCCGUAUGUAUGCUCAUGUGUCUUAUCAUAUGGUGCUUUAAGAAGAAUCUUCUACUACAAACUGAGCAAGCAAAAAGUCUCUCUCUAGUGUGCGUUGCCAUGUGUUUACUCAACUGUACGCUUACAGGGUAACUUUUGUCUCUGUGAUUUGUCUCAGAAGAGUAUGACAUUGUGUUAUUCAUAUCUGACAGUGGAGCAAAAUUACUGUUUGCUUGUGAUCCUCCACAGUGCUCUCCAUCAUCUUCUGUUACCAUGUGUUGAGUUGAGCUUCUAGAGGUCAAACAUUUUCCUGCUGCAUGUUUUCUCAUGUGUACCUUGAGAGCUGAUCGACUAGUAAAACAUUUCUUACAAACAGUGCAGGGAAAAGGUUUCUCAUGCGUGUGUGUUCUCAUGUGAUUUUUCAAGUCAUACUUCCCUCUGAAUUUUCUGGCACAAACUGAACAGCUAUGGGACUUCUUUGUAUGUAUCACCAUGUGUCUUGUCAAAUAUUCCUUUAAGGUGAAUCUUUUAGCACAAACUGAGCAUGAAAAAUGUUUCUCUCCAGUGUGUGUUACGAUGUGUCUUUUCAAACUUUUCCUCUGGACAUAUGAUUUCCCACAUACAAAGCAUUCAAAGUGUUUGUUGUUAGUGUGAUGUGUCAUAUCACCUUUUGAGUCCUUGCUUUUCUCCAAGGGUUCUUUGGCAUUGUCACUGUGAUCAAGCUCAGAAGAGUCUGACAUGUCGUUGGUAUCUGACAGUGGAGCAAAAACCCAAUCUGGUUCUGAUUGCAUAUUGUCUUCAAAAUCUUCAUCAGCUUUUGUUGUGAUGUGUUGUUCAUCCUCUUUCUCUUUAAUGUCGGGGGGCUCUGGCUUCAACUGCCUCACACUCGAGCGCCACUCCUGCUGCACAGAGGGAAUCUCUUCUUGACUCUCCACUGACACCUGCUGGACGUCUGCUGGGCAACAAAGACACCAAACCUGGUUAAUGAAGCUAACAUUAGAAACAAACAGUACACGGUUAGUUGGUGUAUGGAUACACCAGACCUUCUUCCUGUAUCAGGGAAGUUGACAAAAACAUCACAUCAUAAACAACAGCUUACUGGACAGCCUCCCAACAAACAGAGAAUGUCCCACUUAUUGCACAUUUAAAAAGUGCCCUAAACAGUUUCCAGUCAUGUCCUUACUUUGAUUAAUUUUAUUGUUAUGUAUAUUUUAUGAACGUGUGUCCGUGUUUUUACUUGAUAUUGUAUAUUUUUAUAUUGUUCUUCUGUUUUUUGUUGUUCUGCCUCAGGACUAGAGAUGAAAAUUAGCAACUGAAUCUGGCUAAUUUACAGCCUGCACAGAAGUAUCAGACUCUUCAUUAGUGUGCACUGUCCCGAAUAUAUACAUAAAUUACUGACAGUCCAACAAAAACAACAUUCAUUUCAUACCUGUCUCUGAACCUUUUAGCGCAAACUAAACAGGGAGGGUGUUUCUCUUUUAUACAGUGAUGUGAAAAGUGUUUGCCCCCUUCCUGAUUUCUUGUUGUUUUUUUUAAUGUUUUGUCACACCUAAAUGUUUCAGUGUGUCAAAAAAAUGAAAUAUUAGUCAGUGAUAACACAACAGAACACAAAAUGCAGUUUUUAAAUGAAACUUAUUAACCCAUUGAGGCUCAAAUUAAGUUUUUGUAACAGGAAAAAUCUGAUAUUUGGGGAAAAUUGUCAUAUGGGGUAGUGGUAUACAAUUCAGACUUUUUUUUUAGCAAAAGCUUCACAUGUAAUGUAUUCUGAGAUGUUGCAGGUUUACAACAUUGGCCCGGUGUGGUAAAUUAACGCCGAAAACUUAAUAUGGUAUGAAAACUAACUUUAUUUGCAUAGAACAUUUCAAAACAAUGUUUCAAAGUACGUUACAGUGGAAGAAUAACAACAAAAACAACUUGGUAUAUAGAUUAGGAACAAUAGCAAUAACUUUUCAUCCCCUACAUCAAACAAUAUUGAGAUAUAAUACCAAUAAUGGUAUUAUAUAGGUGCCCCUCAGGGUCAGGGUCUCCCCUUUCCUCUUCACCCUCUACACCUCGGACUUCACACACAACUCCACACAGUGUCACAUCCAGAAGUUCUCAGACGACACAGCCAUCGUUGGUUGUGUUUCAGAGGGGAAUGAUCUGGAAUACAGGACGGUCAUCAGGGACUUUGUCAGCUGGAGUGAGCUUAACCAGCUCCAACUCAACACCAGCAAGACAAAGGAGAUGAUCAUUUACUUCCAGAGGAAAACAUCUCACUUCACACCGGUGAACAUCCAGGGAGCGGACAUAGAGUUGGUAGACAGCUACAAAUUCCUGGGUGUUCACCUUAACAACAAGCUGGACUGGUCCGUCAACACCCACUCCCUCUACAAGAAGGGCCAGAGUCACCUCCACCUGCUGAGGAGACUGAGGUCCUUUGAUGUGUGCAGGACUCUUUUACGGACCUUUUAUGACUCUGUGGUGACCUCAGCCAUCUUCUAUGCUGUGGGCUGCUGGAGAGGGGGCAGCACGGACAGGGACAGGAGCAGGAUCAAUAGGCUGAUCAGGAGAGCGAGCUCUGUCCUGGACAGUCCUCUGGACUCCGUGGAGGAAGUAGGGGAGAGAAGGAUGUUGGCUAAGCUGACGUCCAUCACGCCUCUCACCCGCUACAUGACACUGUGGGUUCCCUUAGCAGCUCCUUCAGCAGCAGACUGUUACACCCACGGUGUAAGAAGGAGAGGUUCCGCAGGUCCUUCAUACCGACCGCUGUCAGGCUCUACAACACCUGUACCACCUGAACCACCUGAACCAUGUUGUAGUCAAUAUGUAUUCUUUACUUGCGUAUCUUGCUUGCUGCUGUACCAAAUGAAUU